AUGACCGCGCUCUGGGAGGAAGCUUUUGGCUCAGGGGUCUGGGCAGCGCUCAUUGCCAUGCUCGUGUGUGCGCUUAUAGAGCGCUUCGGUGGCGCGGUCGGCGGUGUUCUGGCUACUGUACCGGGCACCAUUACACCAGCGUCGAUUGGUAUGUGGCUUGCGCGGAAGGAUGUGGUGUCGUUUCGAUCCAGUAUGGCGUCUGCACCGGUGGGGCUGCUCGUGAACGCCGGCUUUUUGACGUUCUGGCGAUAUCUGCCCUACUGGGUUGAGCGCCUCCAUCUGCGUCGCUCUGUGCAGUUGCUGCUACUGGUGGGCGGCUCACUCACACUCUGGGCGCUGCUAGCAAUCCCAGUGAUGGUUCUGGUGUCGUGGCUGCGUCAUCGAGAGCAGAUGCUCAUUCUCUAUGCGCUCGGCACUGGAAGCGCAUUGCUGGUGCUCGUAGUCGGUGUCGCUGGGACGUGGCACACGCCCAAGAGCACCAGCAGGGCCAGCGGUAUUCCAUGGUGGAUGCAUCCGGUGCGAGCCUUGCUGGCGUUCUUUGUGGUGACCGCUGCGGUGUGGCUAUCGCAUCAAUGGCCAGCGCUCGCUGGGAUUUUAGCGGUGUGGCCGGCUGUCUUCCUCACCACCAUGGUUGCACUCUGGUGGAGCCAUGGAGGUGAUUUCCAAACGAGUGCCGCAUUUCCCAUGAUCCUUGGACUUUGGGCACCUAUGUUAUUUUGUGGACUUGUUUGCUUUUUAUAUCCUCGUUUUGAUGUAAGCAUUGGUUGUAUCUUGUCGUGGCUGCUUGCAGUGGCGCUUGGCACGAUUCCUCUCGCAGGGUACAUCCGCUGGCGCCAAGCGGCAGUCACGCUAGAGCAUUUCCCUGUGAAUCUACGUACCGCUGAGGAUCUUUUCGUUGAGAACGCUCCUGAAAGUUCACAGUCAUUGGCGUAG